AGUUUUCAAUUGUUUUCAUUCAUGAAAAUAACUUGAAAUAAAAUUUUGAAAACUAUUUUGGAUUCUGUCAGAUGACCAAAUACCUAGCAAAUUUUUCUGUGGAAUAGUGUGGAAACUGGUGUUGAAAUAAAUCGGGGUUCAUAUAGGGUCAUUUUUCUGAAUAGUUGAAAACAAAGUGAAAUUUUUAUUAAUUUUGAAUAAUCUUAUGGCACCAGCUGAAGAUAACGACAGCGGAAUGGAAUCUCAGGAAGGGUCACAGUCUCUUGAUCAAGAAAACAUACUUGAAAAAGAAACUUCAACAAAACCAAGAAAGCAGCUAGAAAUUGAUGAGAGCGAAGAUGAUGAGCCAGAUGAAACAUUGGCUGAGCGACUUUGGGGAUUAACAGAAAUGUUUCCAGAACCAGUUCGAAAUAUAACCUAUGCAACAUUUUCAAAUACACAGUCAGGAAUAAAAAAGGCGUACACUUUUUCACGGAGUGCCAUGUGGAUAGUAUUCAGUACAUCUAUCAUUUUAUUUGCUCCAGUCAUAUUUGAGGUUGAGAGGGCUCAAGUGGAAGAGAUGCAAAAAAAUCAACAGAAACAGCUUCUUUUAGGACCAAAUUCAGCAAUAUCAGGAGGAGUUCCGCCCCCUAUAAUGCCUCCGAUGCCACAACAACGAAGCUGAGUGAUUUUAUUAGCCUGUUAUGUUAAUGCAUCCUCAUUGAAAAUCAAGCUGGAGUUGUGACAGUUUCUGCUAUAAAGUCAGUUCUUCAUUCUGCAUUUUUCAAUGCUGUAAUGUAUUGAACAUUUCUAUUAAAUAGAGUAUUGUAGUAUUGUUGUUUUA